AUGGCGGGUGUCGCAAAAGAGGCCGUUGUGCCCAUCGAGGCCACUCUUCUGAGCCUAGCUAUCGUCUUCGUCUUUGCUCGUCUUUUUCUCCGACUUGUCCGACAGCGUCAAAAGCUCACUCUCAGCGAUUGGAUCCUGAUUGCGUCUCUAUGCGAUGCCAUUGCCCUGUUCACAACCGAUGCGAUGGCGUACAACCUGGGUGGCAUGGACGAGUACGACCCAAAAGCACCGGAGCCACCCGUGGCAGACCAAAUCAAGUUGAUGAAGGUUUCAUUCGCGGGCAACUACUUUUACGACACCGGCAUUUACAUCCCCAAGUUGGCCAUGUUAGCAUUCUACUUCAAGCUCAUCCCCAAAACGAUGCCACUGCUGCGGAAGGCUCUCUACGGAGUCAGCGCUCUGACGUUGACAUUCGCUGUAACAACGUGUUUCUUGGACACCUUUUGGUGUGGUCCAAAUGUGUCAGUCAAUUGGGAUCUCAAGGGUACUUGCAGUACUUUUGAUUCCAAGGACGUCUUUCGGAUUGAUUGGGUCUUGAACUUCAUAUCAGAUCUCCUGAUUUUUGCGAUCCCGUUUCCCCUCCUACAUGGCCUUCAACUUAGCAGGCGCUACAUCAUCGGUUUGAUUGCCACGUUCUCGACUGGUAUCAUCACAAUCGGAGCAAGCGUAGGCCGUUUUGCUACCGUGGAAUCCAUCAAAGCGUGGACCAAUGUUUACGUGCUGUCCAUGACUGAGGUAUCAGCCGCCAUUCUGGUCGUGUCCUUGCCUGCACUCAAAUCGCUCCUCCACCGUCGGGGGCUCAGCACAUCAAAGUACGGGACAGCCCAGUCAGGCUCUGCGGGUUUGGGAUACAGCAAGCAUCCAACGGCCAAUACCCACAUCAAGCUUUCAUCGGGAAGAGAUCCGUACAUGGCAACAACUCGCGUGGCCGCCGAAAACGAAUCUGGGAGUGAGGUGGAACUCAACACUUUCAAGCGAUCGGAUGUGAUAUACAAGUCGGAACGAGUUAGCAUGGCGUACUUCAUCGACGGAAAGGACUGCAUGAUAUCCGAAUGGAUUCUGCUGGCGGUUUCCUAUGUAUUCGUUGGCCUCCGCGUCUACGCCCGCCUCUUUCGUCUCCGUGAGAAGCUGGCGGUAUCGGACUGGAUUCUGAUCCUGUCGGCGAUCAACGCUCUCGGUCUUAUCAUUUGCGACACCCUGACCUACCAAAUGGGUGUUCUAGACGAUUGGGCCCCAUCUGUUGCGUUGUCCAAAAUCUCCUUCGCCUCCAACUACUUUUACGAUGUCGGAAUGGGUUUCCCGAAGAUGAGCAUGCUGGCGUUCUACUGGGCUUAUUUCCCCGCCGACACUAGCCCCAUCAUGCGCAAGGCCCUUUGGGGCAUCACUGCCUUCGUCGGCAUCUCUUACAUGGCAAUUCUCUGGGAUGAUACCUUCUUCUGCGGCAGGGAUGUCUCCAUUCAGUGGUCGCAGGAGGACGGUGCUUGCAGCGUCUUUUACGCGCCCGAGCCUUUCAUCCUCAACUUUACGCUGAACCUUGCCUGCUACCUCGCAGUCUACGCUCUCCCACUUGCACUCUUGAUCCAGGGUGUUUUGCCAGCCUCGAAGGGUCUCACCCUGACAUUCGGCCUCGGUACCUUGACCAUCUUCACUACCAUUGUUCGUUUCAUCACGCUGAAGGUUGGCACUGGUCAGGAGAACCUUGUUUACCCCAUGAGCAUGGUGGAGAUGACUCUUGCCAUCACCGUUGUUGCCCUUCCCGGAUUGAAGCCUUUGAUCGAUCGUUCUUCGAAGCGAGAGUCCUCCGUAGAUACCGUCGAGGUCACGAACCAGGACAAGACGUUUUCAUGA